UUAUAUUUUAGGGGACUCAAGUGAUGCACAGUUGCUUCGAGACACUUUCAUCUUCAAGGUGGUGCCCAUGCUGAAUCCAGAUGGUGUGAUUGUGGGAAAUUACCGAUGUUCUUUAGCUGGACGUGACUUAAACCGUAACUACACGUCACUCCUAAAGGAAUCUUUUCCUUCUGUUUGGUAUACCCGGAACAUGAUCCAUAGAUUGAUGGAGAAACGAGAGGUUAUUUUGUAUUGUGAUCUUCAUGGCCAUAGUAGGAAAGAGAACAUCUUCAUGUAUGGCUGUGAUGGGAGUGACAAAUCAAAAGGGUUGUACUUACAACAACGAAUCUUUCCACUUAUGCUCAGCAAAAAUUGUCCGAAUAAAUUUUCAUUCUCAGCUUGCAAGUUUAAUGUUCAGAAGAGCAAAGAAGGAACAGGAAGGGUGGUAAUGUGGAAAAUGGGAAUCAGGAAUAGCUUUACCAUGGAGGCCACCUUUUGUGGAUCUACUCUGGGUAAUAAACGAGGCACUCAUUUCAACACAAAAGACUUGGAGUCGAUGGGCUAUCAUUUUUGUGAUUCUCUCUUGGACUACUGUGAUCCUGACCGGACAAAGUAUUAUCAGUGCCUGAAAGAAUUAGAAGAAAUGCAAAAACGUAUAAACUUGGAGAAAGUCUUUGAUGAUUCAGAUAAUUCUCUGAUAGAAAUCACAUUUGAUCUAGAGUCUAGCAGCCGAGGCUCUGACAGUUCAGAUUCCGACUCUCAGACUUAUCUUCUCAAGCUAACUUCUCAGAUAAAAGCCAAGACAAAAUAUCUAAAAACAGAAAAAGAAAGGAAUUCUACCACUAUAAGCAACCAAAAUGCUACAGAAGAGCAAGAGGCUUAUGGUAGAGGGCAUUUACUGCAGAGACUCAAAGAAUCAUAUUCUGAUGUGAAAGAUUCAAGGUCGGAUGUACCAGAUGAUUUUAUAGUUGAUUAUUUCAGAAGACAGUUACCUAAUCAAGGUUUAGAUAUGCCUCACAACUUAAAAAGCAAAAUGAAAGAAUGCACAUCUUUCCAAAGUAAGAAGACUGGCAUAAAUUGGACAGAUGAUGAAAAAAGAAUCUACAGGGAUAAAAGAAUAGCUCAAGCUCACAUAUUGCAGUAUUUGUUCCCUGUCAUGCAAAACCCUAAAAACAUGAAAACCCCUCCAAUAAAACAAUUGUUCAAUCCAAGAACCAACUUUCAAAUCCAACAUCAACUAAAGGCAGCUAGUUGCAUAACUAUAAAGAGAAGCAGCACAUCUUGGACACCACCCAUAAAUCCCCCUUUCAUAGCCCAAAGGAAUCUUGAAGUAACCUCUUCAGAAUGUUUCCAGUCUAUGUCCCAGAGGUCAUUUGAAAAAGUGUCCCCUCUCAAAAGCCCUAAGAAGAGGAAAAAACAUUCUCGAAUCUGGGCUGCAAAGACCGAAGGCAUGCAACCUCUUAGCAGUAAAUGGGAGACUGCUCCCUCAAGUUUUGAAGUGAACGAGGAUAUUAGAGAAGAGAAAGCUGAAGAUUCCAGCCAACAAAGCUCUAAGCACAUAACCCCUCAUCUAACUAAAAAUAAGGGCGAGCAACCAAAUAAGAAUGAAUAACCCACCUUCCCUCUGAAGUUCCAAGAAGACAGUUAAUAUAGCUUUAUGCUGCUUGGAAAACCAUGGAUGAAAGAUAACAUAUGCCUACAUAGUAAAGAAAAAAAGAAAGAAAGAAAGAAAACCGGCCCCUUUUUCCCCUCCCUAGUCUCCCCCCGCACAUGCAUAUACAUUUACUAAACUGCAAAUGCUAGAUAUCCCAUCUUCUUCAGUGGGAACAUCUUUCAGAGUUAUUCUUAAAUCCAGAAAAAAUAUAGAAACU